AUGUUACUAUUCUCCAGUAUCCUUGCCCUCCUGGCCCUCCCACACACUGUCCUCGCCGGUCUCCAAUUAGACUACGCCGACGUCCCAGCCGCCUGCGUCACAACCUGCCGCGCCAUAGCAGAACUAAGCGGGAUCUGCGACGUCGACGCCGACUUCGACGACAACAACGCACAGUUAGAGGACCUCAUGAAGCUGCAGUGCAUCUGCACCAACGCGAGCUUCGACGUCCCUGUCGCCACGGCCCUCUGCGCCAGCUGCAUUGACCAGAACGGCAUGCCCAGCGACCGCGACGACAACAUGGACGACAUCGGCGAAAUCAUGGCGCGCUGCGGGUUCCAAAACCUCACGUGGACGCCUGAUGUCGCGGUGGGCGCGGUUCCCGGGGUCGUUGAUGUCUAUGUCAGCGCUACGAGGCUCAUCAGCCCGGCGCAGAUUACUACGAGUGUGGAUUUUGCGCCGCCGCCGCCGACGGCUACGCCUAGUCAGGGUGCACAGGGCCAGGGCGAAGAGGGUAAGGGUGAAGAGGGUAAGAAUGAGCAAUGUCAGGGGAAGCAAGGGAUGGCACCGAAGAAACACAAGUGGUUACAUUCGGGUUGGUGGUGA